AUGACAAGGCUCGAUCACUUCACAGCAUCAGGCGAGGUCUCCCUGUACACAUAUCACGCUAACCUUGUCUACAUUUUCGACCCGUACGGACGGAACCCCGGGAUGAGCAGACACACCGCGAAUAAGCUCAUGCGCUGGGCACUAAAACUCAGCGCGUGUCUUUAUGUCAUCGAACACCUCCCAGGGGAGCGCCAUGUAUGGGCGGACCUUCUCACGCGAUGGGCUGUCAAGCCCGGGAUUAUAGUCAAGUGCAUCAAGCUUGUAACUCUAUUCUAUGCUCCCAUCACCACGGAGACCAAGACCAAAUACGAUUGGUCGACCAGCAGCGACUUCUAUAAGGCACGGAGGGAAACGAAAGAGUAGCCGCCGCAGGGUUCCAAGGCGAAAAUGGCAUUAUCCGAUACAAGGCUGGUGGUUUCUGGGUCCGAGCCGACAGCGGCCUCCUACGCCUGCGACUCCUGAUAGCAACGCAUACAGGGCAAUGGGGGACACAUAAGGAUACGUCCAACCACGGGAGCUCUCCGGGAACACUUCCACAGUGAAUCAAUGGCUAAGGAUGUAGAGACGUUCGUCAAGUCCUGCCUGCAUUGCCUAUGCACGGCCAGAGAUAGGAGCAUGCCCCGACCAAUGGGGCACAGCCUUCACUCUGACGCCCCGAAAAAGAUCCUACAUUUGGAUUAGUGCUACAUAGGAAAGAGUGACAAUCUCUUCCUGUACGUUCUGAUACUCAAGGACGACUUCAGUUCGUUCUUGUAGCUCUUCCCAUUCGAGGCCGCAGACGACGCCACAACCGUUGGUGCGCUUAUGGAGUGGUUCUCCUCCUUUGGGGUCGUAAUGCAGUGGGUCUCGGAUAGGGGAUCUCAUUUCAAGAACGAGUUUGUCGCAGGAAUGAGAGAGAGGAGAUCCCAUGGGAAUGGUGCACCAUUUCACACUGUUGUACUGCCCGUGGUCUAACGGCACGGUAGAGAUGGUAUGCAGAGAGCUACUGUGGGUUUUGCGGGGGCUCACGUCGGAGUUCCAAAUCCACUUCAGAAUGUAGCCCUCAGUCCUUCCCCUGGUCCAUUCCAUCUUCAAUAACACUCCGCUCGCGCGUCUGCCAGGUAGAUGCCCUUUGUCGGCAUUUACCGGGCUGCCAGCGGACUCGCCACUACGAGCAGUCGAGGUCAACGACAACGGACAGGUCAAGAUGAUGGACAUCGACGAGGUGCGUGCUAAGCAAGUUAUGAAGCUCGAAAGCCUUUUGGGGGCUCUGGACUCGAUGCACCGCGAUGUGCAGGAGCGAGUGACUAAGACUCGGGAGUCCCAGAUCAAUCGCCAUAGCCGUCGCACUCAUGUACGCAAAUUCAACUUCGACCUCGGCGACUUCGUACUCCGCAGCUUCAGCGAAAAGACGCAGAGACGAAUGAUUUCCUUUUGUUGGCGCGGCUCGUUCCGCGUAACCAAGGUGUUCUCCGACUUCUUGUACGAGGUGGAAGACCUGCGCUCGGCGAAGAAGUCUAAUACUCAUAGAAUGCGCUUCAAGUUUUUCCGCAACAAGGACCUGGAGGUUACGACCGAGUUACUCGAGCAGCUAGCUUUCUAAGACGGGGAGUACUGUGUCGUCGAGAAAUUACUUGACAUAAGGAUCCAAGUAGGAGAACCAUAAGUACUGGUAGCGUGGGGCGGUUUCGAAGACGAAGAUCCUGCGUGGGAAAACCUCGCAAUUAUGCGGAAGGACGCGCCGGCUAUGCUCAACGACUUCCUUGACGAUCUAAGGGACAAAGGCACGUUGCGUAAGAAGAGGACCGCUAAACACUACUAACCACAAACCAAACAACACUGCAUCAUCAUGGUUGUCUGUGGGGGCUGUUGUGCCUGCAACGAAGGUGCAGAUGUUUAGAGAGGUCAACGUACUGUAGCAUAUUGACAGGAGACAGCGGGCGAUACUGGCGAGCGAAUUAUUUCUCGAGACACGCGGGGAUCAGGAGACGGCAAUAUCCCGAAGCGAAAAGCGAGGAGGUCUGGGGGCCGAUUAAAAAGAAUGCCCUCCCUGGAAACAGGGCGGGGCAUCACCAUGCCCAUCGACUUGCCGAGAGAGAGGAGCGAUGAGGAGCCUGACUCAUUUUACCUUGACCGCCCCUGCGGGACCGCUAUACCGCUGCGCGCCGCCCCAGGGCCAUCAGAAACAAAGCCGUACCGGAGCAAGUUUAUGGAUUUUAACUGUUAAGACAAAAGCAGACGCCGAGAAGCUUGUUUCAGCUGCUAAUCGCGAAUCUCUUAGAACUUGUGCUAUUAGAGCCAGUGAAAUCUUUAGGGAACGUGAUCCUGCUUUAGUUCCAAGGCUCUUCGAAGCAGGGCGAGGAGUGAAGACCAAAAUAAAUCAUCGGGAAUGGAAAGA